AUGCUUUACAAGAUUGCAUCAAUAGGAAUCUUACUAAGAAUCAUCAUGUAUCACUGGUUUCCUAUUCAACCAAUUCCUCAUAUCUCAUCUCCUUAUACAGACUACAAAAAUGCUUUAGAAGGAUUAUCUUAUUUAUCUCUUGGCUUAUCUCCCUACUAUUCCGACUCCCCUGUCCACACUCCUCCACUUAUCCUAUGACUUUUUAGCCUAAUGCCUUCCCAACACAUAAUUUUUGGCUUAAUUUUAUCAGCAGAUCUCCUAAACUCUAUCUAUAUCUACCUCAUAACAAAGGUUAUUUUUAUAUAGAGUAAACUUGCAUUUUCCAUAUAUUUAGUGAACCCUAUCUCAAUUAUUUCGACCUCAUCUAUGUCACUUUCUUCUUUUAUUCAUCUCGCAAUUUUGACUUUUGGGUAUUUUACCCUUGAAAGAAGAAGGCUGCGUGCAGUGUUUGCUAUAAGCUUUUUAAGCUAUUUAGACCCAUGCAUGCUCUCUAUAUCAAGUUUAUGGUAUUUUAAUCAUUUUACGAAGAGAAUAUAUAUUUUGGCAUUUUUGAUGACUUUUUCUCUGUUUUCAGCUAGCUAUGCAUUAUUUGGGGAGACUUGGGAUUGGCUGUGGUCAUGCCAAAUAGCACAAUUAUUGAAUUAUGAUAUUAAGCCUAAUAUAGGAAUGGCAUGAUAUUUAAUACUAGAAAUGUUCAAGCGUUAUCAGUUCUUAUAUAGGGUUAUAUUAGCUAUACAUCCUUGGCUUUAUAUUUAUCCUUUACACUGUUUACUCCAUAAAUACAGCAAAUAUAGCAUGUAUAAAAACACUUCAAAUCUUUAUUUCUGCAUUCUUUAUUUAAUUUGUGUAGUCUCACAUCCACAUCCUACAAUGGAAGAUUUUAUGAUUCCUUUUAUAUUGAUAAGCACUCAUGGAGAGCUUAUAAUGAGAGUCAAAUCAGGGUUCUUUACAGUCACAGCUGGGGUUAUUGGAGUUAUUUUGUCUAUUGCAAUGUGGGGAAUGUGGACUGAACGAGUAGGUGGAAAUGCAAAUUUUUUGUUUUUCCAGACGAUUUUUACAAAUUUAAUGAUUUUUGGAUUUUUGUUUGGGCUUUUGCAUCAGGUUAAUGAGGAGAUUAAAAUGAAAAAACAUCAAAUAACAUGCAAAACGAUUGUUGAAGAGGUAGUUUUAUCAAUAUUAAAAUAA